UUGGCAUGGCGCUUAGCGGGAUGGUCAGGUGACCGCUUACACAUCAAAGCACGAUGCACUGUGGGAAACGCGAUCAUCGUCGAGGAAGUGAAACCACAAAUAAACACAGCGUGGCAAGGCGCGCUUGUGCUCCUGCCACCGCCAACAUGAUCUAAGCAUCUCUCUAUACGCCGAGCUCCAUAUACGAGGCUAAUAUACCAUGAACAUUCAACACGCUACGCCUCCAGAAAGCUUCACCAGCGCGCCAUUGACCCCUCCCCCGACCGACGACAAGUCAACAAGUCCGGCAUCGCGGAUUAUAAGGGAAAUCAGGAAUCAGCAGGAGGGCCGCAAAUUAACGAGUAUACCCUGGGCUAGCUACAACUUAGAUGUGGAGGGAUAUGAGGACCUGUUGCUUCGGCUCCAAGUCGACGAGUCCCUAUGUGGUUUUGCGCAACACAAACUACGAUACGAUUAUUUCCCCUCUGCUAAUCGGUUUGUCCUUCGAAUGCCCACCGCCUUGCAUGAAACAUUCAUCGCGAACAUUGUCGAGGAAAUACAAAUUCAAUUGAAAUCUAUCCAAGGCCCGGCGGCAUCGUUUGCAAAGAAGAUCAGCUCUCGUGGCUCAACAUCAAUUAAAUUUAGAGACGAAGAAUACGGCAAGCACGAUCCCGAUGCACAGUUCCAGUACUUGGAAGCGCCAUACCCAGGAGUCGUUAUCGAGGUGUCAUACUCGCAAAAACGAAAGGACCUAGCUCGCCUUGCUGAUGACUACAUUCUUGGGUCUGAUAGCGACAUUCGUGCUGUCGUGGGCUUAGAUAUCGAAUAUAGUGCGAAUAAGGAGGCAACAUUAUCUGUCUGGCGGCCCAACAUUGAGACGAAUGAUGCUGGAGAGAAAGAAUUGGUUGCCCAGCAGACAAUAACAAAUCAGGUUUUCCGCGACAGUGAUGGAAAACCAAGCGUAUCUCGCACAGGAGGCCUCCAACUUCGCCUACGAGACUUUACUACAGAGGAUUUAGCUCAGCCAAACGGACGGCUACGGGAUCCGAUUUUUAUCUCUGCUAACACCUUAUGUUCUUUCCUUGAGAACGCAGAGCGUAAUGCGUCUGUCGCUACGCAGCAGACGAGUAUUAUUACAUCUGCGAAGCCUUGGGUGAGAAAGCGGCGCCGGGAACGUACGCCGCCAGAAGAGCUUAAACACAAUGAUGAAAAGAGAUUUCGGGUGGACGAAAACAGAGCAGUAGAUCAGGCGACAAAAGACGACUCCUCGUACAAGACUGGCUCUACCUCUGAUACAGAAAGCAAUUAACCCAGGGCGCGAAUAAACUUGAGGAAUACCUAAAGAAUAUCCUCGCUUGCCACAGUUCACCAUUUUCACAGUCAUUGCUAUUGGCGUCAAAGAUUGCAGUGGGGGGUCAAGAUUGCAGUGGAGGAAGGCGAGAAUGAAAAUAUGGCCGUUUGGCGGCUGUUGUGAUCCGCAAGGCUUUUCAUAUAUACCGUACGGUGAGAAUCUACGGCACUAUCCUAUAAUCGACUCAAAUAAGUCCACUUUCUACCACCAUCCGUGAGUUUAGCUCCACCGUACUAGAUGGUAAAGUGAAAUGGUCAUACAGGUUCACCGAAAUGUCGUUGCCGAUGACGAAGUGCCGUCUUUGGAAUAUCCUCCUUCGCCAAGGCUCCCUCAGGGCAUUAUAUGAUCAGCAAUCCAAUUCCGAUCUCGCAAGAAGAACAAGUUCGUGGAAACUUAUGCUUCAGUGACGUCUGUCUUUUAGCAGAGACAGCCCAUGCCCAGUCUUACAGCCAAUUGUUUGCAGGCACCAGAGCAGCACAUUUGAAACUACCGGCACACGUCUCACUACUGCCUUUGGGUAAAUCUUUUGCUUCUCGCUGCAAAAGACCCGCCCCAACCUAAAUGGCAACAAUCCCGCAUUACUCCUGCAUACAAAGUAUUGUGUGAGGCAGAAAACCAGGUGUACUCAUUUCGUAUCCAGAAAUAUUGAAGAGAUUGCUGGCAUUGGAGCUCAAGAGGGGCAUCAGUCACACUUCUUGUAUAGCAGCGUAACACAUUUUUACUGGUUCUUGUGCUCCUAUAAAAAAAACACUACCCCGUAUAUAAUCCAUGUUAAUUUACGGCUGCACAUUUAAUUACCCCUUCAGCGGAUCCCAUACAACCGUCAGAUUAUACGUAUCCCAAGCGCCAAGUUUUCCCCCACCUCCUCACGAGUAGACAUUGCAGAU